GGCGGGCACUACUACCUGGGCUCUGGAGUCCGGCAGAGCCGGUCUUGAAAGCAGCCUGUGGGCCUCAGUUGAUGAGCGCUCCUGGCAAAGUUGGAUACCGUCCCUGUGAUCAGCGCUCACACCUGGCAAUGACAUACACCUCAGAGGGAUGCUGUGCGAGGAUCUGAGAUGCCCCAGGUCUGUGUGUCUGUCCCCAGCGUUCUGCCAGUCUAGAAAAGGAGGAGGAACCUGUCCAGAAUCCCUGCAGGACAGGAAAAGGAAGGGAAUCUCAAUAUGGAAAAACUCUGCAAUGGAAAUGAAGGAAUGACCGAGAACCAAGGAAAGAUGGAAUACGAACAGUCACAGGAUGUGGGAGAGCCAGAAGUAGCUUGUACUCUGGAAGACAAGGAAAAGUUAGAAAAUGAGAGAAUGACAGAAGAUGAGGAAUUAGUACUAAAGGAUAAAGAAAAGCCAGAGAAUAUGACAAAGACAACAGAUGGAAAGCCAGUGAGCGAAGGAAAGCCAGUGAUGGAGGGAAAGCCAGAUAGUGAGGGAAAGCCGGAGAGCAAGGGAAAGCCAGAGAGCAAGGAAAAGCCAAAAGAAGAAAAGCCAGCCAUCGAACCAAAGGCUGAGGGAAAAUGCCCAGCUGGGGGCAUUAGAAAAACUAACAAGGGGCUGGCUCAGUGCCUCAAGGAAUAUAAGGAGGCCAUACACGUUAUGCAUUUGAACAAUGAGGAGAUGAUAAGAGAAUUUGACAAGAUGGUCAGGGUGAAGGAUGAGGUGAAGAAAACCAGACAGAAAUGGGGGGGUAUGUGUAUACAAAAAAGUUUACAGGAUCCCUUCCACCCUAGGGGCCAAAGGGAACUCAGGGGUGGGUGCAGGGCCCCCCAGAGGGGCUUUGAAGACAUUCCUUUUGUGUAGUGCCCCUGGCAGGCAUUUGCCAGGCCCUGUAUUUUAACCUUCUGCUAAUAAUUUGCUUUAGCUGUCACUCUCCUUAUCAGCAGCCUUUUGACCCAACUAGAGCACUCUGUCAG